AAGGUCCAAGCACUCAAGGUCCAGGCACUCAAGGUCCAGGCACUCAAGGUCCAAGCAAUCCGCCAAUUGCUUCAAGGUUGAUUCAGCAUGGGAGGUUAACUCAGGGGUAUCCUAGUUGGCGUCGCACAGUAGCUGAGAAUGAAGAAAUACAACGGGCGCAACGGGGGGGCCGUGCAACUCGUCGACCUCCUCCUCCUCUAGUUCCGGUUCCCUUAAGGAAGCGUUGGCAAAACAUCAAAGAGGAUAUAAUGAAUAGGAUACAGUCUCGUGGCAGAUGGUAUCUCAAGAGUCUACCGGUCUCGAGCCGCUACUAUCAUAGGGAGCCGGCCGAGAGGGCGCCGUUGAAGCAAGGUGAAGACCACAAUCCUUACGACCUCAUGAUAGUCCUUAAAGACGCCCAUACACUACAAGACCCAGAGGAUUUUGUAGAAGCAAUCUUGCGCGAGCUGUCGAACACGGGAGAGUACUCACGGGAUAGGAGUGCAAAUGAUUUUCAAGCCAAUGGAGAGCUUAGUGUUAGACGAAUGCACGCGAACACAACGGCCUGGGAUAUCCUGAAUGACUUUGAUGAUAUCAUCGAAGAACUGACAAGGCUUCAAGCGGAAUUAGAAACGUCCAACCGGGGUAACGCCGCCGACCGCUUGUUCUCAUCGAUAGGUGAGGCGUAUGGUUGGAAUGUUGACGAGCUUAGGAAUUCGGGGUUCCACCACGAGAUCAUGACUUACGUAGGGUUUUCGAUGAUGGGUCGAUUGCGGUUUAUGAGAGAUUAUUAUCGCAAGGACAGAAAUCCCACGGACCAGCCCACGGACUUGUUAGACGAAACGAGCAUAACACUUUCAACGCGAUGGUUCAGCGCCGCCGUCCACUCGGCAUCAAUGAUUGAUGAUGUUCGAAUGGUUGAAUGGUUUAGUAACUGGGCAGUUCAUUUCCCUGGCCGCCACAUCACCGAGUUUAAUACUUCUCAGAUAGACUCUGCUACGGCAAUCGGCCUUUUCGAGGUCGUUUAUAAAAUCAAAUACGAACAUGCAGUUCGAUUAGUCUCUUAUGCAGACUUCGCCAAUGAUGUAGAUACAAUCAAUAGCUUUUUAUCCUAUAAAGGUACUGUAGAGGCUUCGGAGCCGGCGAGGAACAACGAAAUUGUUGAUCUAUUCGACAAUUGGUUCAUGCCGUAUAUAAGAGCGUUAAUUAAUGUUUUCACCACAUAUCCCGAGAACAAUGCCGAAUUUUGGCGGAGAUACCGAACAGGCAACAACAACAUCGUACAACUACGCAACAGACUCGUAAAUCGUAUGGAUAGCACAAAGGCCCCUACGUACCUUGGCGUAGGCCGGUGGUGUAGACAUGCACCACCACCAGGACAACAUGAGCAUAAUGGGGAAAGGAAAAGAAUGCAGGAGGAACGCUGGACAAAAGGCUGGUAUUGCGUAAAACAUCGCCCAUGGCUUAGAUGUACCUCUUGCGGUUGGAAAUAUUCAUGUGUUAUAUGCGCAAACCCGUAUUCCUGCCCUCAUUGCAAAUCAUCCUUUAGAUGUACCGAGGAGUCAUGUGCGGUCAAGUCUGACGACCGCCCAGAGGGUACCGACGCCCAACCCAGUUACCGAAUAUCUGUGUCUACAAACUCCGAGGGUUGGCAACAAAAUGGCAGGCGAAUCACGCCAAGGUCUGCACGUAAUAUUUUCCAGAAUAUGGGUCGCGAGGCGCGUUACCGGCAGUUUUUCCCAAAGACCGUGAACGAUAUUCGACGGGACGGCCCGAUCUAUAAUAAGAAUUUAUCCGCGAAAUUCCACCAACCACAUCAAGUGCUUAAUGGUGGGUAUGAUAGGGAGGGCAAAUACCCGACCAUAGAUCGUAACUACUGGGAUACGGACCUUGGAGCUGAAGGACUCAAGUUUAUUCAGCCGUGGGAAGUCCCUCAAUAUCCUGGACAUGUCCCUACUCAACCUCGGCGGGGCACUUUUAGUAAUCGGGGUGGUCAGAGUGGUGGUCAGGCCAGUAUGGCUCUGGUUGAGAGCGAUAUAUCAGACACAGACACGGGGGGAAAGCGUAAGAGGGAGGGGCACGACGAGGAUCUUCUGGAAGAUAUGCUCUCGGCGUUACACACGGCGAGGAAGGCGAAGCGCUGAGAGACUUCGAAAUAUUGUUUUGUUACUUUUCCUGCCGUGCGUUGAAUACAGUCCACAUUUCUUGCUA